UGUCUGCGUAUACUUGACAACUUGACGUGUAUUAUAGUUGUAUUUUAUGUAUUUUAUUAUUUGCAAACUAUAGAAGUCGUAGAUAUCACAAAGAAAAGUCGAGUUAUUCAAGUUUUUGUUAGAAAAAUAAAUAUAAUAAAUAAACAAACAUGAAGUACGAACAGAAUCGAAUAAUUUUAGUGACAAUAUUUGCAGUUCUAUGCAGAUUUCCAGCGGCUUUUGCUGCUAAGAAGAAUUAUGUUACCUGCGGUUCCAUUAUAAAACUAUUGAACUCAGACUAUAAUAUGCGUCUGCAUUCACAUGAUGUUAAGUACGGGUCUGGUUCCGGUCAACAGUCGGUGACAGCAAUUGAAUUGAAAGAAGACGUAAACAGCCAUUGGGUCAUUAAGGCAUCAACCAACAAGCACUGCGAACGGGGAGAACCCAUCAAAUGUGGUGACAUUGUCCGGUUGGAGCAUUUAAGCACACACAAAAAUCUUCAUUCACAUUUCUUUUCGUCUCCGUUGUCGGGAGAACAAGAAGUCUCGGCAUAUGGUGAAAAUGGCGUUGGUGAUACUGGCGAUCAUUGGGAACUCAUUUGUUCGAACGAGAGCUGGAUGCGUGAUGCCCAUGUUAGAUUACGACACGUCGACACACAAGCAUAUUUAGCUAUUUCUGGGCGAACAUUCGGCCGUCCUAUUUCCGGCCAAAUGGAAGUUGUGGGCGUCAACAAUCCCAGUCAUGGUACGCGAUGGACUACGGCUGAAGGCCUGUUCAUUGUUCCCAAAGAGAAAGAGACUGAAUACAUACAUACUGAACUUUGAGACCAUCCUCGCCACAUUGAUGCUUGUAAUCGCAAUUUAUGUGAACAAAACAAAAUACCAUUGACGUUUUAGUUGAAUUAUUUCAAUAAAUUAAGAAUUGGAAAAAUGUGUGCUCAUAUGUAUUCUGGAACUUAAGAUAGAAUAUGUUUUAGCAAAGUACGGUUAUAUUCGUUAUGUUAGAAUACUAAAUAAAUGUAAUGUUUCGAAUUUGUACACUAAAGAAUUUACGCUAAAAACUUGUCACCGUCAAAUAUUUAUAUACGAAUAGACAACUGAAUCCCGCAAAUACUAA